GAAGGGCAGGUACUGCAUGGGGCAACAAGGCUGGCCAGGCUGAUACUGCCCGACACAGCCUACCUAAUCUGGGUAUUAAGAUGUGAACGUGUUAUUGGGGACCGGGAAGUGCUGCCUGGAGAACUAGAGGAUGCCUAUGUGGAGCGCAGAUGGUUGCGCAUGGUGUCCAAUCGCUUACAGCUCGACUGUGCCCUGACGAGCAAGAGGGUGGCGGCAAAACGCCUUGUCCCGCCCACCACUGUCUGUGCGACUUGGGAGGGGACUCUCCAGGAGGAAGAUUGCCUGCCUGCGGACUGG